AAUAGCCACUCGCUUCGCUCCUCUUCGAGCCUCCCCUCGCUACUUCCCUCCUAAUUUUCAGGAAAAUAUCGUCGCCGUGAUCCAAAACUCAGCCCACCGUCUCCGACAGUGUCAACCCGUAACCCAAUCUCUCAAAUAUGGAUCGACCCAGAUUCGUAAUCGACGCCGUCGAAGCCGAGCAAAUGGCCAAACAAUCAGGCAAGACGGUGCUCCAACUCCUUCCUUCUUUGGUCAAAUCAGCCCAGUCCGUAGCCCGCCCGCCGAUCUCGAAGUACCACGUCGGGGCAGUCGGGAUCGGGUCAUCCGGUCGGAUCUUUUUCGGAGCCAAUUUAGAAUUCCCGGGCUUGCCCCUCAACCAUUCCGUCCACGCUGAGCAGUUCCUUAUCACCAACCUUUCCCUCAAUGCAGAGCUGCGUCUUAAAUACAUCGCCGUCUCCGCCGCUCCUUGCGGCCAUUGCCGCCAGUUUUUCCAAGAGCUCCGCGGUGCUCCCGAUGUCAAGAUGCUCAUAACUUCCUCCGAUGAUGAAAAGGAAAACAAAAUAAGCAACACUUGUAAUGAUAAAGACCAAGAAUUUACCCCUUUGUCUCAUUUUUUACCUCACAGGUUCGGCCCCGAUGAUUUGCUAGGAAAAGAUGCUCCUCUCCUCCUCGAGCCUCGCCGGAACGGCUUGUCGUUUACCUCCGACGGCUGCGAGAACGACGAGUUAAAACACGCGGCUCUCGAUGCCGCGAACAUGUCGUACGCACCUUACAGCGGGUGUCCAUCCGGAGUGGCGUUGAUAGACGUUGAAGGGAAGAUAUACAAAGGGUCUUACAUGGAAUCCGCCGCUUACAACCCGAGUCUACCGCCGGUUCAGGCGGCAAUAGUCGCUUAUGUAGCCAGCGGCGGCGGAGGAGGGUACGAGAGGAUCGUCAGAGCAGUUUUGGUGGAAAAAUCCGACGCCGUUAUCAAACAGGAACACACUGCAAGGCUACUUUUACAGUGCAUUUCACCAAAAUGUGAAGUCAAGGUGUUUUCAGUGUAAAAAACUGUGAGUAUUUAGCUUCAAUUUCUUGCUUAUUUAUGAAUUUAAAAUGAUGAAAUCAUGGUGAAAAAUGGUAUCUAUGGAUUAAAUGAUGAAAACCCAGAAUGAACAUGUAAAUCACCAGGUGAAUAAUUGUGAUGAUUUGUUAUCUUUUGCAGCUUGAAAUAUAUUUUGUCCUGUGUUUUUGUUC